AGAGGGAAGAUCUCAAAGGGAGGGACUGUGUCUAACUGUGGCACUGAAAUCAUUUAUUGCUUGAGAGAGAAACAAACGAGAGGCAGAUUGUUGCCUGUGGUAAAGCCUUAAAAACGACGAGGAAGAACAUUUCCCACCUCGACUUCUUUGUGUUAUUGCCGUAGCGUAGGUGUUAGCUGAGGGAUACGUGGAAACUAAACCAUUGGAUUUAUUUGAUGUUCUGGUUUCGCAUGAAGAAGCAUUUUGUGAAACAAAGAGAAGAUGAACCAAACUGCAUCCGUUUCUCAUCAGAUUGAAUGUCAGCUGGUAAAGGACACCAAGGAGUUUGUGGAUGUCAGUCCGCCGCAGAGAAACUGGAAGGGGAUUGCCAUCUCUCUGCUGGUGAUAGUGGUGGUUUGCUCGCUCAUCACCUUGUCAGUAGUUGUUCUCACGCCUGUGGAGCUCCCUGAAAGCAGCAGGUCCAGACUGAUUGUGACAGAUUUGUACAAAUCGGAGUUCAGCGUUCAUGACCCUGAGGCCACAUGGAUCAGUGACUCCGAAGUGGUGUACAGGAACAGAGAUGGGCACGUUAUCAAGUUCAACUUUGACUUGAAUGAGACUGAAGUCCUUCUCAGCAACAGCACAUUUGUGGCUUUUAAAGUGGCAAAGUACUCCUUGUCUGCAGAUUUGAAGUAUGCGCUCUUCGCUUAUGAUGUCAAACAAAUGUACAGGUAUUCAUAUGUGGCAUCCUACAUCAUAUACAACAUCUACACCAGGGAGGUCUGGGAGCUCAACCCUCCAGAGGUUCAGAAUGCAGUGCUCCAACACGCAGCAUGGGGACGACAAGGACAACAGCUGAUCUACAUAUUUGAGAAUAACAUCUACUACCAGUCAGAUGUGAGGAGUAACUCCCUGAGAAUUACAUCCUCUGGGAUGGAGGGUGUCAUUGUAAAUGGACUCUCCGACUGGCUGUACGAAGAGGAGAUUCUGCUGUCCCACUUGGCUCACUGGUGGUCACCUGAUGGAGAAAGGCUGGCUUACCUUACUGUCAACGAUACCCUGGUGCCAAACAUGGGUCUGCCUCAGUUCACAGGCAGCACCUACCCCCGAGGGAUACAGUACCCAUACCCCACGGCAGGUCAGAAAAAUCCCACCGUCAAGUUGUUUGUGGUCACCCUGUAUGGAGCAACGCACACUCAGGAGCUGCAGCCUCCAGAUCAGCUCAAACUCCGGAAUUUCUAUGUCACCAUGGUGAAGUGGAUCAGUAAUACUCAUCUUGCAGUGCGGUGGCUAAACAGGCCCCAGAAUGCUUCACUGCUCACUGUGUGUGACUCCACCAUAGGAGUGUGUCUACAGAGACAUGAAGAGACAUCGGCCACGUGGCUCUCCAGACAGACGCAGGAGCCGCUGUUCUCCAAAGACAGGAGCAGGUUUUUCCUCACUACACCCGUGAAACAAAGAGGUCAGGGAGACUUCCAGCAUAUUACCAUGUUCACGAAGUUACGACGUGACCAGGACGAGGUUCGUCACUUAACAUCAGGAGAGUGGGAGGUCACACAAAUCCUGGCCUAUGACGAAAAAGACCAAAUCAUAUAUUUCCUGAGCACAGAGGAAUCAGCACAAGAGAGACACUUAUACAGUGUGGCAACCCUUGAUAUGUUUCCACGGCGAUGUCUCACCUGUGGACUGAAGGAGGACUGCACGUUUUUCAGUGCAGACAUCAGCCCUGAUGCACAGUAUGCCAUCCUCCACUGCAAAGGUCCAGGGGUUCCAGCUGUUUUACUAUUAAGCUUCGACGACGUGUACUCAUAUUUUGUUUUGGAGAACAACCUCCCUCUACGCUCUGCACUGGAGACUAAAAGGAUGAUUCAGACUGAUAUCCGGAUGAUCGCUAAUGACAAUUUUGAGCUGCCUCUGAAGCUUAUCUAUCCUCCAGACUUCUCUGAGUCCUACCUCUAUGGCCUUCUCCUUAUUAUUGGCAGUUCUCCAGGUGAUCAGGAGGUGACGGAAGAGUUUAGGUUGGACUGGGACUGGGUACUAGUUGGAUCGGAGCAAAUCAUUGUGGCACGACUUGACGGGAGAGGGUCUGGAUUCAGAGGGCAGAGGGUUUUACAGCAAAUCCAUCAGAGGCUCGGCACAGUGGAUGCAGAGGAUCAGAUUGCAGCUCUGGAAUACCUCACAAAGCUGCCGUUUAUUGAUCGUGCACGUGUAGGAGUCUUUGGAAAGAACUAUGGUGGGUUCAUUACACUGACAAUACUGAAGUCGACAGAGAGGCUGAUCAGAUGUGCUGCAGCUCAGGCUCCCAUAAUCGACUGGACCAUGUAUGCCUCUGCGUUUUCAGAAAGGUACUUUGGCUCGCCUUCGACUGAUGACAACAUAUACCAAGCCUCCAAAGUUCUGCCGGGCAUGAAGGGUCUGCAGGGCGGAACCCUUUUUCUAGCUCAUGGCACUGCUGACGCAAAUGUCCAUUUCCAACACACAGCAGAGCUUAUCAAACACUUAAUAAAGAUAGGAGCCAACUAUACUAUGCAGAUUUAUCCAGACGAAGGACACUUCCUGUCAAGACGCAGCAGGAUUCAGCUGACUCACUCCCUAGUUGGAUAUUUUAGAGGAUGUCUGCUCGACUCUUCAACAUUACCCGACCAACAACGGGAUGAUGAGUGAGAGGAUUAUUAUUGGAUGGCCAUGUGUCAGUCUGUUUCCCUGGCAGACCGGGAACGUGUGUAUUUUAUACUGUAGCAGUCGCAGAAUGGUUGAUGUACAGAAGCUGCCUAUUCUUAACCGACAGUCCAAUUUAUUUAUAUUGCUCAUUUCCCUAGUAGAACAGAAUUUCUAUUGUACAUUCAGCUAAAUAUCAAUAUGGUGCCUCGUUGAGCUCAGUGAUUUUGGGAUGUCUGGAAAAUUUGUUUUUCAAUUCAAAAAGGUCAUUUAUAUAAUUUAUAUCAGUUUCCCUGCGAUUCAGUAUUUAAUAAUCAUUAACUAACUUAUAAAUUAUAUCUAACUUAUGUAAAUAAUCUGACAACAGCAGAUACUACUAUCCCAGAGUACAUUUAAAAAGGGUAUGAAACUAAAUAGUCCAAAAAACAAAGGUGUGACCUUCUUGAUAAUCAACACUGGUUAACCGUGUUAUACCAGUCUGCUUCAAGCCAGCACUUGUUGGAGGAACUAGAUUUAGACACAUCUUAAUCACUGAUUUACAUGGAAAAAGUUGUUGUGGUUUUAUAAUUCCAAUAUUUUGGUGAAUUUAUAAGUACAUAAAAAUUCUUUCUCAAGACUGUAUCUGUAUCAGAGCUCUGCACUGUAUAUGUAAAAAAACAAAUGCAAAAGGAUAUAACAAGCAAACUGAAAUAAAAAAAGUUUAAUCAAUAGCUUGACACAUGCAGCAUUUCGUAAAAAUUUACUGUAUAUAAUCGGAAACCCACCAAUGGAGACAUCUGCUGCAUUAAAGAAUAAGCAAUAUUUAAUAAACAAUUAGUGCCCACUCUCUGUUUCUUUAUACUAGUGGUACUUAAUAGAAAAUUUCCUUAUCAGUCCCACAAUUCGUUCUCUGCAUUUUUACCCAUCCCCCUUGGGGGAGCAGUGAGCUGCCACAUGAGCGGCGCUCAGGGAGCUAGUGCGAAGUGUCUUGCUCAAGGACAUCUGAUGCCGAGGCGGGGGAUCGAACUGCAGACCUUUUUCUCUUCCGAGGCCGACACUCUAUCAACUGAGCUAUCAGACCACAUAAUUACUAAGAUUACUGAUUUUUCUUUUUCAUUUGCGUACAAUAUGUGUUUAGAUUGCAUUGUAAAGAAAAGUCUUAGAAUAAGAUUAUUUGUAUGUAGUAUAAUGUUUCGCUUCAGGCAAUUAGGCUAUGUCAAGUUGUGUAUGAUCAUGUGAAGCUGCCUGUGUUUUACACGUGGUUGCAGAUUUAAUACAUUAUCAUAGUUUUUAGGCAACACUACUGUUAAAAGAUGUAUAAAUUGUAUGUACUGAUAUUUAUGUCAAAGUCAAGGAACUUGUUUAUUAUUUAUUAAAAUAAAUAGAAGCUA